AUGAGUAAAAGAACCAAAAAUAUCAGAUUGAGUAAUGGUUUAGCAUCACCUUCACCAGCUCAAAGAUUGUCAGGAAGUGGUAUUAAUAAUAUACAAUCAAGAACCAGCAGUACUAGAAAUACCGAAUUUCAAUCAAAUGAGGAACUACUUGAAGAACAAAAGCAAGAAAUAUUUGAAGCCUUUACCUUGUUUGACAUGAACAAUGACGGAUACAUAGAUUAUCAUGAAAUGAAAGUAGCGUUUAGAGCGUUAGGAUUUGAUUUAGAUAAGAGACAGUUGUUAGAAAUUUUGGAUAAAUAUGAUGAAGAUGGUUCUAGGCUAAUAAAAUACGAAAAUUUUUUUAAAGUAGCUGCUGAAAAAAUACUUGAGAGAGAUCCAAUAGAGGAAAUUAGAAGAGCAUUUAAACUAUUUGAUGAUGAUAAUACUGGAAAAAUAACUUUUCAUAAUUUAAAAAGGGUUGCUAAAGAGCUAGGGGAAAAUUUAACUGAUGAUGAAUUGAGAGCGAUGAUUGAUGAAUUUGAUUUAGAUAAUGAUGGUGCUAUUAAUGAAGAAGAAUUUAUUGCUUUAUGUACAGAAUAA